CAUCGAAGCGUUUGUUUUCGACGAGGGAACAACACUAAAUUUUUCUUACACAUAGAACACUUUGUGAAAAAAUGGAGUGGACGGACGCAUAGAAUUAGAUACCUUGAUCAUCUUAUAUUGCUUGUAGAAUGAGAACUGUUCGAAGAUGGAAAAGUAUUACAAGGCGAAGAAUGGUAAAUGCCAGACAGCAGAUUGUUGGCAUGAUAAUAUUCACUUUUGGCGUUUUCAUCCUCAACGCCAUCCUCCAGACAAAGUCUUUACAAAGUGACUCACAGGGUCCCGAUGGAAGCAACUUGGGAAACCGUCCUGUUACGGAGAUGACCUUUGAACCUUUCCCUGAUGUAUCAACGAACUGUGUCAAGAAGGUCCAUAUUUUUGGUAACCUGACAGAUAUGGCGUCUUGGCUGGAGCUUUCAUCAUGGCAUAAGCUUUUCAAGAGGGGCGAGGUCUUCAAACAUACUGCAGAUGCCUUGUGCCCUCUCUACAAUUGCACCCUCAGAUUUACGAUUGGGACAAACCUUACUCAUCUCAAAGGAAAGGAUGCCGUCAUUUUUGGCGCGCUCCCGAAGGCAUUUGAAGGAAGACUCCGUGAUGUGAUUUCCAAGGAACCUGAACCAGGACAAACCUGGUUUUAUUACAGCACCGAAACACCUUUGCGUGUCGUCAACUGGAACAGAGACCUUCGCAUUGCCGAUUUGAAGUAUCAUAAAAUAAUGACCUAUCGCAGCGACUCUGAUAUCCAUAUUCCUUUCGGUUACUAUCAGAAAAGAUCAAAGCCUCUCACAGAUGCUGAAUUCAAUACUAAAUUUAUACAGAACAGGACGAAACUCGUAGCUUGGAUGGCAAGCAAUUGUGCACAGAUCUUCUGGCCCCGGAUACCAAUCGUGGAACAACUCGGUCGUAGAGUACAACUUGACACGUAUGGCAGAUGUGGAAAGUUGUCUUGUCAACCCCAGCGUUCGGAAAAGUGCAACCACAUGUUGAAGGAAUAUAAAUUCUACCUGACCCUUGCAAAUUCAGAGUGCCACGAGUACAUUACUGAAAAGUUUUGGACUCAGACGAUCGGCCAGGGUAUUGUUCCUGUCGUUUACGGUGCCCCAAAGUCCGACUUCCAGAAAAUGGGACCUCCAAACUCUUUCAUCCAUCUUUCUGACUAUUCCUCACUGAAAGAAAUGGCAGAACAUCUCAAGAAGCUGAAUAAAGAUCACGAAUCUUACAUGAAGUACUUAGAAUGGGGUCGCUAUUAUGAAGCAAUUCCGACAUUUCCCAUUCAGAUAAACAACUUGUGCAGGAUUGUACCCCAUCUUUACAAUGGAACUACGCAAGAGUUGCAUAGACUGGGUGACUCCACUUGGUACAAAGGGUGUCGAAACCUACCCAAUAAGGAUAUUUUAACCCCAUUUUGGCCCAGGGAGCAGAUGCUUGCAUAUUUCACGUGGACUCCUUGGGGUUCGAAAAGAGAUGGGAUAAAUAGAGGUACUGAUAUAAAACCAUUCUAAGUUUCUCAGAGGUGUACCUAUCUCUCAUUGACACGGGAAAAUUGUUUUUCUUCAACCAGGCUGGUGCAGGUCUGGUGAGAGGCUUGGCAUCAUUGGCGGCGGAAGCCAAAAUAUUUAGGGGGUGUCCACCUGAAAUCUUUGAGAUG